AUGGCAUCUCCAGCUGUCCCGCUGAAGCGAACCUACAAUCACAAAUCACACUCUUCCGAAGAUUUGAAAACUAAACGUAUCUGCACAGCGGCAAAAGAUGCUGUUUGGUCGCUCCGCAAAUCUGACCUCCGUACGCACUUUCUUACUCUGCAACAAUACACUCAAUCACUUUCCAAUGCAAUGCCAAGAGUCGACUCUGGUGCGGAAAUCCAUGAUGAUUUGAAUGAGAUCCCUUUGCCCGAGAUCCUUCCCCCACUCCUACGUAUGCCAGUCGAAAUCCGCCAACUAAUCUACCGUCAUUUGCUGACACCUCCCUCCAAUGACCGCCUUGGCCCCCAUCCUCGCCAACUCCAAUCCCACAUUUAUCUUUCUCGCGCUUUCGAAGUCGCCGUUCUACAUCUGAAUCGCCAAAUAUAUCACGAAGCGCUCCCAAUAUUUUACGGCGACUCCCUUCAAACCAUCUCUGUAACCGUCGACUACAAUCUCUGGACACACAAAACUCAACGCUCCGAUUUAGUUCUCUCCUCAUUCCUCACCUCGUCAAUUCGGAAUUUAUCCCUUUCCGUCCAGCUCGGUAGCGAGAAACGAAAACAGAAACCCGAUGACUUCGAAGCGGAGGCGAGACUAAUAGAAGUAACUAAAGGAAUUAAGAAAUUGAGGAAAUGGUUAGCAGGAGCUGACAUCCAAAUUUUGAGGAUUGGAUGA